CAUGUAAAGGUGUUAACAGACUACUCAUUAAGUAGAUUUUCGUGAGGAUAAUUAUAUAUUUUUAUUCUAUCUAUUUGAGUUUUGUUUCAAGCUUCUUCUUAUCAAAAUUUACUAAAAUGGUGAAACAACGGGACAUUAAUAAGCGCGCUACGUUUUUGAAGUUAAAAGCAGCACAAAGAUUAAAUAUAGCUCCGGAAAAGUGUCACAUUGGACAUCUUUUACUUCAGGGUAUGCUGGAAGACCCCAACAGCUUGAAUCAGAUCGAUGGAACAACAGAUACUCAUGAAACUAAUAUAUCAGUGGCACUUCGUACAUCCCGGCUCGCCAGCGCUAUGACAAACAGCGGAAUGGAACCUGGAGAUCCUGUCAUAGUAUCAGGACACAAUCAUCUGGAUUUAGCUAUACCCUUUUUUGCGAGCCACUUUAAUGGAUAUCCUUUUUGUGGAAUCGACCCUAUGGUCACAGAGGCUGAUUUGACUUCACUGUUUCCAUACAUUAAACCAAAAAUUAUAUUCUGUGAAAAAGCAAAUAUCCAAAAAGUAAAAAAUGCUCUCGCUGGCAGUAAAAUCCAGGUGCAAAUUGUAGUUUUUGAUGACCCAACAUGUGACUUGGAACAUUAUGUCAAGGAAAAUAAAGGAACUGACCACAAUUACAGGCCAGCCGAGUUCGAUCAUUCUAAAAUAGCUGCAUGGCUUAUGUUGACCAGUGGCACAACCGGACAGCCGAAAGUGGCCAUUAUUCCUUUUGAUACAUUGUUGAAUGGCGUAUGCUGCUGGUGGACUCCAUUCACAGAAGGGAUUGAAAUCACAAUGGCCAUGCGAAGUCUACAUUGGGUUUCGGCUUUACUGUUUUUCGUGAGUGGACCGCUGGUGGGAUACACUAGGCUACAAACAUCUGUACCAAUUACGCCACAGAGCCUCAUCCAGCUUAUCAACAAAUAUAAACCAAGUGUGACCGCGUGGACGCCAUAUUUAUUAAGUCAAUUUCUUGUAGCAGCUGAAAAUAUUUGUGACUUAUCGUGCUUCAAAUACAUUGUUAUUGGCGGCAGCGCCAUCGAGAAGCCAUUAUACGAAAGAUUUAGCAAAAAAUGUGGAGCUUUCCUGUACUUAGUUUACGGAAUGACCGAGCUUUUAGUGCCUGUGUUUGACUUUGAUGAAAACACUCCGUUCGGUUCGACUGGCACACCUUCGACAAAAUACCAAUUCAAACUAGUAGAUAAUGAUAAUCAAGUUGUAGACCAACCUUUAAAAACUGGUGAACUCUGGAUUAAGGGAGACGCAUUUUUCAAGGGAUAUUUAAAUAAUCCAGAAGAAACCAAAACUAUUUAUACAGAUGACGGCUGGUUCAAAACUGGGGACAUGUUCUACAGAGAUGAGAAGAACUAUUACUAUUUUGUGGAACGAAAAAAACUUAUAAUUAAGCACUACGGAUUUCACAUUGCUCCACUACGAUUGGAAGAAGUUAUCAAAAGUCACCCUGGAGUUCUGCAAGCCUGCGUAGUGAGUGUUCCAGACCCAGAUUGUGUGGAACUUCCAGUGGCUGCUAUUUUGAAGAAAAACGGCAUGAACGUUGAUCCUCAGGAAAUCUUCAGUUUACUUAAAAAGGAACUACCUGAUCUGAACAAAUUCCGGAGCGGUUUGUUUUUUGUGGAGUCGUUUCCCGUCACGCCUUCAGAUAAGGUGCACCGGUCAAAAGUGAAAGAAAUGGCUUUGAGUACUCGACUAAUUACCCCUGUCUAAACUAAUAUAAAAACUGGUGCCUCGUUACAUAAUUCUCUAUAUAUUUCAUUAUUUUAACUAAAAAUAUUUUAAGAAUAUUGAACAUUAUUUUAACAAUCAAUGCCAAAUUCGGCCCUCAAUGUGAUUUUAUUUAAUAUAUUACACCAUUAUUAUUAUAUGCAGCGUCACCUAUGAAUCAUAGGUGAUCAUAGUCUCUGUAUAUACCAAUUAUAUCAUAAUAUACUCGUUAUAUUAAAGAAUUCGUAAAUCAUCACACUACGUUAUCCCAAGUAUUAGAUACUAAGUGAAAUAAAUCUAAGUAUAAUUACAUAGAAAUUAUGAUCAAUUUAUGUAGAGUGUAUACUUUUACUUUUGUAUGUAAUUUGUGUAUACUUUUUUUAAUUUACAGGAAAGUAUAAAUAUAUAACACAUGUGUCACAAAAAUAUAUAAAUAAAAAUAUUGGCUUAACUUACAAAA